CCUCACGCCGCCGCCGCCGCCGCCGUCGCCGCCACCACAUCCGUAGCGCCCAGCCGCCGGAGAAGAGGAGGGAGCCAGCACCAGCCACCAUGGGUCGCGUCCGCACCAAGACCGUGAAGAAGACCUCCAGGCAGGUGAUCGAGAAGUACUACUCCCGCAUGACCCUCGACUUCCACACCAACAAGAAGGUGCUGGAAGAGGUCUCGAUCCUCCCCUCGAAGCGCCUCCGCAACAAGGUUGCCGGCUUCACCACCCACCUGAUGCGCCGCAUCCAGCGGGGCCCCGUCCGUGGCAUCUCGCUCAAGCUGCAGGAGGAGGAGCGGGAGCGCCGCAUGGACUUCGUCCCGGAGAAGUCAGCGCUCGAGGUCGAAGAGAUCCGCGUCGACAAGGAGACCAUGGAGAUGCUCGCGGCACUUGGCAUGGCCGAUCUCCCGGGCGUAGAGCGCCAGGCUGAGGUCUCCAGCGUCCCCGCCUACGGCCGCCCGCAGUAUGGAGGUCCCCGCCGUGACCGCGUCUAGGUUCACCGCCGAUCGCAGUGGUUGCGUCGUGGUCGCACCGUUACUCACAGUUGUUAUGCUACUAUGUUAAACUUGUUUUAGAUCUGUGGUUUCUUCUGGCGAUUAAGUUUUGAACUUGUCUGUUAUGCUUUAAACUCUAUAGUUGGAUCUGCGUGUGAUGGACAUUAGAGUUAUGUUCUUGCGCCAAUGAAGUCUCAAGAGAUUAUAAGUUACU